UCAGGAGCAAGGAGAGGGCAUAAAAGCGGAGCGAUCGCUCUCGGCUUUAUUAUGCUCAAUUUGACCACUAAUUGCCAGUCUAACCGCUCGGACCCAUGGUGAAGAGAAAGAAGACAUCGUCUACUACAGAGGAGCACCAAAAUGGCAUGACACCGGGCUCCAGGGAGGGGAUCGGUGUCGAUGGGAGGAGGAAUCCGUCCAGAAAGCCCGACGGUUGCGACGAAGAGGAGAACGGAGAGCAGGCGAGCGAGGAGCGCAGUACAAAGGGAGAGGACGGAGUGGAAAUUCUUAAUCCAUCAACCACGGGUCUCGGCUCCGGUUCAGCCCCGGUCCUUCCUGCUUCUGCUCCGACCCGAACCGGACCAGGCUCGACCCAGCUUCCCCAAAUAUCAGCUGAGCCCGGCCCUCCGGGCCCCGACCAGCAUCAUUUUCUCCGAUCAAGCGUUCGACCUCCGAGCAAACGGAUACGGAAGGAUUCAAUCGGCUCCUCCAUCAAUGGACAUGGCGGGGCAAAAUCGAAAGGGGCAGAGAAUGGCUCCUCUUCCCAGGGUGUGGUGGGGCAGACCGGGCCUGUGGUCAGCUCCACGGGGGGAGUAUCCAAGACCUCCAAGGGCCAAGGGUCUACAGAGAAGGAAGAACAAGCUGGUAACCAGAAAAGAGCCCGUCGGCAGUGGGAAUCCUGGAGCGCCGAGGACAAAAACAGCUUUUUUGAGGGUCUUUAUGAGCACGGGAAGGAUUUUGAGGCCAUCCAGAACAACAUUGCAAUGAAGUACAAGAAGAGAGGCAAGCCAGCAAAUAUGGUGAAGAACAAGGAACAGGUCCGCCACUUUUACUACCGAACUUGGCACAAGAUCUCCAAACACAUCGACUUCGCUAACGUGUACUCCAGGGUGUUAAAGAAAUCUUCUCAAGAACUGUACGGCCUCAUCUGCUACGCCGAGCUUCGCAAAAAAGUUGGAGGAUUGAUGGAUGAUAAGAAUGUGGCAAAGCUGAACGAACUCAUCCAGCAAGGGGCCACCACCGUGCGCUCUAAGGGGAGGAACCUGCGGAUCAAAGCUCCAAUGUGCCGAGCGUUGAAGAAACUUUGUGAUCCAGAUGGAGUGAGUGAUGAAGAGGACCAGAAGCCGGUGCGUCUGCCCUUGAAGGUGGCAGUGGAGCUCCAGCCACGCAGUAACCACUCCUGGGCCCGAGUUCAGAGUCUUGCCCACAACCCUCGCCUCAGGAUGGUGGUGGAGCUCCACAGGAAAGUUUCCAGCCUCAUAGAGUAUCUGAAACAGAAGUGGGCUUAUCAUGACCAGUGGAUUCUUAAGAGUCUCAUGGAGAGAGAGGCUCUAGAAGGCAACCAGACCAGCACAGCCUCUCCCAGCAUAACUCAGAAGGAAGAACUUUUUCUUUUUCCAGCUGAGAGCUGCACAUUGACUACACUGCCUGGGGUGGCACGUGUGGUUCACUCCAAAGCGUCCUGCACUGUCCAUUGGAUCGAGAGUGGCAAGAGCCGACCUAAUGCCAAGGAGUUGCCAGCUGCCCAGAUCCUGGGCAUCCAUGCAGCUCCACAACCUCGAACUGGCAGCAAAUCUGGGCGGGGAAGCGCUGCUGUUGCUGGUGCUUCACUGACUAUAACGGGUGAUGCUCGUCGAACUGAAACCCCCAACCCUGAUCCAUCAGCAGACAGUUCUGCAAAGGUAGAGGAGAAGAGACUUCAGUCCCCUUGUGUCCCAGUUUCCUCUCAGCUGACUGUCAGAGAAGAGGGAGAUGGGAUGGGAUCUUCUGAUCCAGGAAAGGCCUGCACUGGCGUUGAGGUCAGUGGUGGUUUAGCCAUGACCAGAAGCACGGACAGGUCAUGUAGUGGUGCCGAUGGCUCCGCUGAGCAGUACAAAGAGGAGCAGAGCACCAGCGCGUCUUCCUCGGAGGCAAAUCAGCCUCCUUCAGUCAAACCUCCAGUGACUGGCUCAGACGAAGCCGUGUCGCAAGCUUCCCCACCAGCGACCAAAGAACGGGUCGUUGAGCAGAUCAGAGAGGAAGGCUGGAGCGCCCGUGACGCAGAGAACGUCACCCUGGCCGAGCUGUACCUGAUGUUUGGGAAGCCAGGCAAGCUGCAGCUGGAGUACGAGUGGCAGCCGGUCACAGCUCCACCCAGCAACUCAGAAGAGGGACAAGCCUCAGUGCAGCCAAAGCCCGACAGGACAAAUCGAGUUUUGCGCUGCUUACUCAAGCUGGUUUCCACUGAAGUCAACCCCAAACCUCUGGCUCCAGAGCUGUGCUCCACAGCCACAUCACCCCUCAAGACCUAUCAGGAGGAGCAAAACCAGGUCCUCACACCUCCGGCGAAGGGUCCUGUUGCAGGCGCCCGUAGCCCCAGCUGUGGGCGGCCGCAGGCGUCUUUGCGCAUGCCCAAGUUACAGCUGCCAAGUGCUGGAGGUGGGCGCAACCUUACCCGCUCUCUGCUGGGUUCUACUGCAGUUGGCGAAUCAGAAAGCAGCGUGUUCGCAGUACCCACCACGCUGCCACCCAACAGCUCACGGCACAACCGAAUGUUCUCCCCUAACAAAGAGGCAGAGCUAGCCUUCAGACAGCAGCUCGACUCGAUCAGUAUGCAGUCAGAUCUUUUCCUUUCUAGACAGAGAAAACCUCGGAACAGACAACUUCGCAAACCACUUGUAGUUCAGCGAACACUGCUGCCCAGAACUACAGGAGACACUCCUCAACACGUCUGCUCCUUCUCCAUCCUCUCCAACUCCUCUGCCACAGGAACUGGAUCUUUCCGGCCGAUCCAUCCCCGACUAGCUCCUUCCUCUCGCUCUGUCCAAACUAAAACAACCCCAGCAACAUCCAGCUCUGCGGGGGCCAGCCAGCUCUCUAGUGCCAUUGACCUGGCAGCUAAGUCUGCAGGCAUCAUCCCAGGCAGUCCCUGUCGGGAGGUGGAUUCUUCCACUGUGGAUAACAGCGCUCUUCUCGCCACCACUCCCAUUGCUGAUGCUGAGCCAGACUCUCAACUCCACCAGCAAAAUGUUCCAGAGAAUGGCGUACCACCUCCGUCUCCUGGAGUCACCGGCGGGGGAGACUCACUCCUCUCUCCCCCGAGCGUUGCCUCGCUCCUUGAUAUCUCACUCCCAGGCCCUCCUGAAGAGGCUCUAACCCCCGGAGAACCUCAAACGCAGAUCAGCGACUCCAUCAUCGAGCUUGCCAUCAACUCCACACAUUACGGUGAGGAGGCUGCUCUCUCUCCAGCCAAGCUGGGCAACAGCGACGGCUCCAAACUGCUGGCCUCGUCUCCCUCGCUCAGCCCAUCCAGAGGCUGGAUCCCUUCACCCAGCCACGACCCUCAGUGGUACCCCAGCGACUCGUCUGACUCCACACUGGGAUGCCUCCUUUCCAGCAUGGUCUCUCCUGAUAAGGGCAGACGGACCACCCUAACCCCCACUGGCCCCUCCAGUGGCACAGCUCUACUCGGUCCUAGCCUCCUGGACUGCAAUUCUCAUGAUUCUAUGAUUCAAUCCCGUGGCCUUCCUGAUGUGGCAGAGAUGGAUUCUCAGCUUGCUUGUAUGAUGAGUGAGAGCAGCAUAGACUACAUCGCUCGCUUCAAUGAUCUGGCUCAGGAGCUCGCCGUAACUGAGCCCUCCAUUCCACCUCCCUGAGGAAGACUCCACCAAGCCAUGGUCAUCUGUACCUCUAAUCUACAGCCAGUUCCAGGCAUUUCCACAGUUCCAGGAGAGAGAGACACAAACUUCUGGGCCCACACUUGGAAGCAGUGACUACUGCUAGAAAUUCAAAACCGAUUUGCAGCCAGCAGCUGCAAAUUACCCCAACUUUUACCACGUCUGGUUCUCACACCUGUCGAUAAGCAGGCCAUUCCUAAAAAGAGACCAAGGCAGAACUUUGCUCACCUAGAGCAUCAUGUUGUUGGUGACAAGAGGUACUGUAAGUGAGGAGAGGAGAGGUUUCCUCUCUGUCUUCUCCCUGUUUGGAGAAAGAAGACUGGGGAGAAAGGCCAACCCCAUCCCCCCUCAAAGCCAUCCAUGGCCUGUUUGUAAAAGUGCAAUAAUAGGUGGUCAACCGUGACCAUUGUUCAAAAGCGAGUUGCGUUGGUUUCACUGAACUGUUCUCUAAGGAACAAUUCCCUUUAAAUACAAACACUUUAGAUAAAACAAAUGAGUUUACAAAGAUACAACCUCAUGUACAGGAAAAUACUAUGCCAUAUCCGAACAAAAUAUCUGAUCUUUCAUGUCUCUUCCUGCUCUCGGUGUGUGAGUGCAUGAAUGUAUCUGUGUGUGCGUGUGUAUUAAAGGCUGUAAGGCUGACCGCUCAAAAUGUGCAGUUCAGAUCAUCAGCUGGUGGCAAACAGCCACUGGACUGUGAUUUUUAUUAAAAGUAAUGUCGGUGAGAAAGAGAUACUUGGCAUAGUUCAGUAGCAAAAGUGGAACAAAACAAAGUGAUGUGUAGAAGUUCAUUUUUCCUGUUGGCCUCCUUUUUUCUUUUCUUUUUGUUCCUCAUCUCUUAUGAGUUCAGGUGUUACAGAUUGUGUUGUAGUCACACGUGUUUGGAAUCGGGUUCUUCAUUUCUCAAACCCACAUUUAAAAAAAAAAAAACAAAAAAAACAAAACAAAAAAAACAAACAAAUACAAAUAAAAAAUGGCAGCUUGUUGGUUGACUCCACUUGGGUAGCUCCACAGAUGCUGAAAAUGUUAUUGGAAUUAUUUUAUUGUUGCAUUCAUUUCUCAUUAGUUUUGUGUGCAGAGAUGCAAGUUCAAAUAUUGGAUUUUGUUGCAUAAACAGGAAUACCUUUUUAGAUAUUUAAGCCCUCUUCACACGUGUGGUAUUUGGAGACUGAAUCAGAAUGUUUUAAAGAGUCUGUGCUGACAGUGCUUAUAGCCACAAACAGCAUAAUGUGCGUAAUGUACUGUUCUUCAUGGUUGUUGCGUCUGAAUGAAAGCCUUGAGGAACGUUCACAUUAAAACGUUUCCUUUGACUCGGCGCUUUCCCAGCUCCUCAUUCGCAAGCUGCAAUAGGGAGAAUUUCCCUCCUGUAUUGUAGAUGUGAGCGUGAAUUGCACAGGAAGGUUUUAAUGAAGGGAGAUGAACAACUCAAAAAGAUGCGCGUGAGCGGCAGCACUCUGAUGCGUGCCUGUCUGUUAACAUACAUUCAGGCUUGCGCUGUUUUAAAAGGUGACCUAUCCAGACCUGAAGCUUCCAGAUCAACAGCAAGGAGGGCGUGUCUUUGUUUACUUUUGCUGUCGUUUUCAGUAACGCUGACACAACAGGUGGGCGCUCUCUUGCCGACGCCAUCGAUUACAAGGAAAUCUAACAAUGUUGCUCAUUUACUUUCCUUAGUUCUGUUGCUUUCUUGCCGUCCUAAUUAGUUCAAACAAAUGAGCUGGCUGCAGCCACACAUUCAUUUUGUUUGACAAACUAGAAUUAUGAAUGUCCUGGCUACUAUUGAGUUCCCAGUAGAAAUACACUCCAUAAGAGCGAGCGGUUAAUUUAAUGAAACACUAAAGCCAUAGUUGACUCCAUUUAUUUUAAUUUUUGUUUUUUAUUAUAUGCCCCCAAAUUACUUUCCUCUGACUAGUGGAUGCUAACAAAACACUAUGACUAAAGAGUGGCUCUUGCAUGUUACAGAAGCAGACAUCGUUUCUCUGAAUUUUUCAUGCAGUACAGACUCAUUGCCUUCACAUUUAAUUUGAUCAACCAGCAUCAUCUCUAUGCAGCUGUGUGAACCCGUUUGGUGUAAACUGUUAGACCUCUUUGUCAUUCCACAAACGAGAUUGUAAGACGAUCUAACAAAUGUAAGCGCUCCUGUGGUGUUAGUUUGUGAACAUUUGGAAACGCUUGAUCUUGUCACACUAGAUGAUUCUUAAUAAGGAAUCCUAUUGAAGGAUGUAUUUGUACAAAUGGAAAUUCCAGUAUUCACUGCGCUUUUGUAACAUAAUGUAAAUCAUUAUUUGGACUAUUUAUUGUUAAUAUUUCUGAGACAAGUGUUUUUUCUGUUUUAAUUUAAGGUGACAUCCAAGAAAGGAGGAAAAAAAAAAUACUGUUUUCAGUUUGUAAAAGGUGUUUUAUUCUGUGCAUAAAGAUAGUUAUAAAAA